CCGCUUCAAGGGGCGGAGUCAGGACUGCUUCGUACAAAGUGGCCGCGGGUGAGAAGGUGGAGCACCAGCGUUUGGUUUCAGAAAAGGAAAACUUCAAAACUUUAAAAUAAGGUGUGGAAGAUCAAAGGAGAUGGGUCCCAGGACCCUUUUCCCUCCUUUGCUCCUAUGUAUGUUCUUAAUAGUAUCGGGCACAGAGGGCUUCUCUCGGAUCUGCAAGUCGGCCCCUCACUGGGAGAUAGAAGGGCACAAUCCUAUGAAGGAGAAUCUGGGAAAAGUGGUGGUGGUGGCUCUUCUCAAGGCCAGCUGACAGUUCUGCUUAAUGCAGGCCUCCAGACUUGAAGGCCUGCGUGAGAAGCUGUUCAAGAGUAAUAUCUCGCAAGUUGUCUUUUUAAUUGUAAAUGAGAAAAGCUCCCAAUCCAGGGCUAUGUACUGGGAGCUGAAAAGGAAAACCCCAGAAGGUAUUCCCGUGUAUCAGCAGAGCAUAUUACAACAAGAUGUGUGGGAAACUUUGGAAGGUGACAAAGAUGACUUUUUAAUCUAUGACAGAUGUGGAAAAUUGACUUUUCAUGUUGUGCUACCAUAUAGCUAUCUACAUUAUCCUUAUAUUGAAGCUGCUAUUCGAGUCACAUAUUUAAGAGAUGUGUGUGGAAACUGCAGUUUGGACUCGAACUCGACCGCUGAAGAUAAGAGAAAUAUUACUGCAGGAGAUUCUGUAAUGAUUUUUAACUUGAAUACCACUAGUAAUGUAGAGACAGCAUCGCCAGACGAAGGAAACAAUGCAACACUGCAUGAGGUGCCCAAGCAUACUGCAAAUGUCAGUCAUCACGACGAACGUGACAGCCAACUUCAUCAUGCCGUAACUCAAACUGAUAUCCAGAACUCUAACGGUCAUGAAGCCACGAAUCUUGACUCUCAACGAACUCAUCUAAAUGUGAAAGAUACUUAAGGUGCUGCGUGAGAAUACAUCUUUUGAUUGGAGUGCUUUUUAAAAAUAUAUAUUUUAGUGCAUCAUUUAAACCCUUAAGGUUAUCUUUUCAUAAGUAACUUUUACCCUUUGUUUACUUCAAGAUGUGUCUCAUUUUAUUAACUGAAGAAAAACAUUUCAUUUUUUUUUUUAAAUAUGUCCUAAUGUGCAUAUUUUAAUCCUUACUUUAGCCACAGUUUUCCAUACUAGUUGUUAAAGAUUAGUGGAUGAUACAAAGACAGAACCAAUUAGUGAAGUAGUAUUAGAAAAACAACAAAUUACACGUAUACUGUUUAUAUACAAACAUCCCAAUGUGCGUUAGGGUUAAUUGGAGACUCUAAAUUGUCCUCAUAUCAUUGAAUGUGAGGGUUUGUGCAAGUUUGCCCUGUGAUGGACAUGUCCUCCAUCCUGUAAGGCAUCACUCUGCAAGGAUAGGCUCCACCCCAUUUGUAACCCUGAACUGGAUAAAACUGGUAUGAAUUAUGAAUGAAUGAAAAACGGCAGAGUAGUUGAACAAUUAGAUAGUAUUACCUCUUCAGUGUGACACCGUCGGUCACACUGCUGCCUGGGGUUAAAUGCCAGGCUGGUCACUUUUAGCUUGAUAUUUGAAUGUUCUCCUUGUGUCCACAUGGCCGGUCUCUGGGGACUGCAGCUUCCUCCCACAUCCAAAAGUAGGAUUAUGUGGAUGUGCCAUGAAAUGAACUGAUGUCUAGUGUAGAUUUAUGGAUGACCUCUGACAUUUCAACACUUUUAGGGUAAUAUGCAAGCUUAGAAGAUAAAUGAAUGAUCUAUAUUUUAGUUCUGCCCUGCUUCAACUAAGUCAUCCUCUUAUUCUGUGGGUAAUGGCCAGAUACAUAAGUGGAACAACUAACUUGCUGUACCCCCUAAACUGGAUUAGGCAAAUUCAUAAAAUUUAAAUACUACUCCAUUUUUUUUUUGGUUUUUGGUAUUCCUUAAGUUCUGCAGCACCUAAACCCUGUAAUCUGUUAGUUCAGGGUGGCCAGUUCUCCAAAUUAGUCCCCGAGACGUAUUUUCUGAUCAUUGUAGAUGGAGAAAGCCUUGCAGCUCCCAAGUCUGAUUGUUAAAUUUCACACCCUGUUAAGCUGUUACUUGAUAGAAUUAAGUCUGAGUUUCCAUCCAUGUAUUAAUAAGGAAGAAAAGAAUGCGUACAUUUAGGACAAAACUACCUCAGUGAAAAGUCAGGCUUGCCGAGUUUAUCACCACCAUCAGAAAAGUAAAACACUUGGAAGAUUUGGUUAAACAUUUUGAAUCGCGUGCAAUUUGUGUUAUUGCUUAUUGCAGGCUGAUGUGACUGAACUUGGGUUUCAUCUUGAUUGCGGAACGAAAUUUUCUGAUAAAUGUUACACUGAGUGCUGCUAAAGUGACCUUAAAACGGAGUGUUAGUGAGGUGUUUUUAAACUCCUGUGGUGUUAGUUACUGUAGGGCAUCAGUGUACAGAGGUGCUCUCUUUGUGUCACUUAUCCUAAGUCAGAAAUUGUAUUUUUUCCCAUAAUUUAAUUUAAUUCAAUACUAAUUCAGUGCUAAAAACGUAGGCCUUAAAUGAAUGUGUUUAAUUUGCCCAAAUUAAUGUGCCAUUACUGAAUUGUGAUUUGACGCAGUUGUCUUAUCUGUAAUAUGCUGCCUUUUUGUGUUGUUUAUUCUGAUUAAUCUUUAUUCAGUAGGCGCCUUUACGCAGUAUAUCAGUAUCCCUGCCUUACAUGUGAGCGGUUUGGUCUGGUGAUCUCAGUGUCUCUCUGAACUUGCACCUCUCCGGUUUUUCCAGUCCAGUAUCUGACACCUCUCUGCUUCCCUGCACUAAAUGAAUCCUGCAGUCAAACCUGUGCCACACAGUGGCUGGAGGCUGAUGGCUGUGCAGGUGGGAGCCGUGGGUUUGUGGAUAAACUGAACUGAACAGCUGUGGAGAGAUGCAAGCGGCAAGGAGCCGUCGGAUGCCAGCCAAAAUGACAAAUGGCUGCGUUCUGAGCCCACAAAAAAAGGAGAGAGGUUGUUUUAGUGGGCUGAAAUUGGUGGCGCAUUGAGUUUGUUCACACUUAAGUUAGAAAGCAGCUAACCUGCUUCACUUUGAACUGGCAGAGUGGAAUGAAGUUGCACGUGUGCUUUUCAAAUACUUUAAAGCUUGUAUUAUCUGGGCCAUCUGAUUAGUUGGUAGUGUGCUGAAAUCGUCCCAGGUCAACGUCACACACAGAUGGUACCGUAGAGAAAGCCGAGCGCAGCUGCUGUUUGUGACACCUCACACGCUUAAUAUGGAAGCUAGUCUUUUAAAGGCUGGGAUGUAAAUGUGUCAAAGGAUGCUGUUGUAUACUUCUGCUACAAUAAAAUAGUCUUUUUGGAGCAUG